UGCAUGCUGCGUAGGUAAAGGAAAUGGAAACCACACGUAUAAGAAUGAAAAUAACUGAAGCUCAAUGACGGAGUGACGAUUUUGGAUGAUGACUGCAAGGAUUAGACUGGAUUUAAGUAUAUUUUAAGACCAUCUGUAACACACCUUGCUUGUAUUUAAGAUAGAUUGAAAGAUGGUUUUGUUUCUUGAAAUGUUGGUAAUUUUCCUCCUGCAUGUGAGCACUGACGCACAAGGUCCCCCUAAAUGUCCUCUCUUUAAAGUUCAGAGAGGGACUGUCCAUAAAGCCUUCAUAAACAAGCCUUUGAGGAUCUCCUGCAAUCUGCUGUAUUGUGAUGAACAGAUAUUCAAUGUGACGUGGACCAAAGAAGACUUGAAAGAAUGGAUUCCAGUCUCUGAAGCAGAUCAGAUGUCAACAUCACAGAACUAUUCAUCGUCCGAUCCAAAGAUGCUGUCUUCAUAUUUAACUUUCACAAACAUGUCGAAGCAUCACGACGGUCUGUACCGAUGCGAACUGAAGUCCUCAAACUUCUCUAUAGUUAGCCAUUAUAUUAAUGUUUCUGUCUCAGAUGAUAUGCUGGAAGAUGAAAUGCCUUCUGAAACAGAAAGUGAAACCACUGACAGCAGCUCUGAUUCAGGACUGUGGUGGCUGCCGUAUCUCUUUAUCUCUUUGGGUAUAGUGAUUCUGGUUGCCAUGAUAACGCUCAUCUCCAUCCUGUUUAUUAAUGGAUUUAAAAGUUCAAGAAGAAAGAAAGCACAUAGACCGCAGGUUCAGUAUACAGCAACAUCUUUCUUGCCGUCGUCUCCCAGCCGCAGUUUUCUGAAGCGUGAAUUCUCAGAAGAAUCCCUGCAGCACUCUCGUGACAGCAACACAUGCAGUUUAACGUUACCACCCGGACGGUCUGCAUUACGUGUGUCAGAUUGUAGUGAUGAUCCUUUCUCUAACAGGAGAGAAAGCAGAUCAAGCCAGGUUGUAUACGCAUCUCUGCAUCACCUCGCACCAUCAUCUGCUACACCCCGUCAGACACGGGAGGAGUUUUCAGAGUAUGCAUCAAUCCGGGUCUCCUGAGUUUAUGGGUUAUGCAUAACCAGGCAAAGAUUACAACAUUUUUACGUUUCCAGACAUAAAGAGUGAUGCAGUUUUGUGAAACCGCACAGUAGCCUACUGUUAGUGUUAAUCUAUUCUGUCUACCAGGAAGCAGGAGAUGUAUGCAUCACACUGCACAGUGCAGUUCAUCACAUGGUUUACUUUCCUCAUUACAUCAUGGAAAAUCAUUGCUGUGAGCUCGGUGAGGUUUCUAUAAGUGAAACUCAAAACCAGUAAUCACGUGUCUGAUGCAACACAUCCAUACACUGAGGACUAGUCUAAGUGUGAUACACCAAGACUAAAAAAUGUAUGUUUUCCUAGAAUGAAGAUUUUUUGCUAUUGAUGUUCCAGCUACAUUAAUUAUUAAUUAAUUAAUUAAAAUGUAAUUUGUACAUAAGUGAUUAUAUUUACUUUAUAAGUGUUUUGAUGUGGACAAAUUUAUACUGGUGAUUUUUUAAUUUUUUUUAACUUUUAUUUUAGUCUGUUUUAACUUUUUGUUGGUUUUAUGGAUAUAAAAAUCAUCACAUCUGCAGGGAGUCAACCUAGGGUCAAAUAUCAUAGGCUCUUUACAUUUAACCCUUUCAUGCAUGGCGUUCACUACAGUGGACAGAUAUGUUACUCCCUCAAAAUAAAAUAUAUUGGGAAAGAAAAAAAACAACAACAAAAAGUUAUUGUCAGGUUGGUUAUUAGUAGAUGAUACCAACCCCCAAAUGGAGGACUGUAAAUGCUUCUAGAUGUUUUGUUUAAAAUGCAGUUUUGAUCAUAAAUACUUAUUUGAAGCACAAAGAUAAGGGUGCAUUUAAAUUCUUAACAUAGUAAAAACAUGAGGAAAUGCUGUAUUUCUAAUGCCUGGGUUUGUGUAUGUUGUGAUGUUAUAUAUUAUUUGUUGCUUUGUUUAUCAAUGUUGAUCCUUCAUAAAUUGCCCAGUGAAGGGACAGCAAAGUGUACUUAUACAAUAAAUAAGUUAAUAGUUACAAUGGUAACAGCAAUUUGUUCAUUACACAGUAAUUGCUUUUUGUUGUGUUUUGGUGAUUUUCAGCUUAAAGGACCUUUUGAAUCACAAAUACUUGGAAAUGUAAAUUACUUGAAACACAAAAAUCAUGUUAAACAAUAUUACUGAAAUAUUAAGGGUGAAUUACCAGCAUGCAUUGCAGCAUAAAUAAAUUGUUACUGUUGUUUCGAUGUUUGAUGACAUUUGUUUAAAGUUUUGUAGUUUCGUCUUUAAUGUUAUUUGUUGUGUUUGAUGUUAAACAGCUCCUGAUUUUAAAAGUUCGUAUUUUUUCUGCUUUGAGAUUGAUUCUAACUUCUUAAAGUCAGUUGCAUAAAAUGUUUUUCAAAAAAGGUCUUAUUUACUUUUGAAAUUAAGACUAAUUAGCACUUGGCUAACUGCUAGUUGGUUAAUAGUCUUAAUAAAGUGGCUGUUUAUGCAACUGGGUCCAGUAGAUGGUGCCAUUUCUCUAAAUAUUGCUUCAGUCCACCAAGCGUAACCAGUUUGAGACCCUUUGAAAGCAGGGGGGGGGUUUAUACCUGGGUCACACUGUAAGCAUUUAUGGUGAAAAAAUGUCUGGACAGAAAUGUCUGGUUAGAAUUAAAUUAGCAGUGUUAUUAAUACAUUUAAAAAAUAUAGAUAUUUCUGUAAAUAAUAAUAAAUAAUAAUAAUAAUAAUAAAAAAAACCUGACUGUUGCAUAUGUGGGAUGGCUGGGGCCACACAUGGCAUGUACAUGGGGCUUAGAUUUUUGGGUGGAUCUUCAUGGUGCAAAAUGUACAUGUAUAAGUCAUAUCAUAUAACUCAUGAGAAAUCACUUAAUAAUUAUGCAUUCUUUGGUUGCUUUGUGUAUUCUUCUAAUGUAAUAACUGCAUAUGCAAGAUAAUAAAGAAACCAUGG